AUGGCGAACAAGGAACAACCGUGGCAUUCAUUGCUCGCUGGAGCCACAGCAGGCGCUGUGGAAGGAUUUGUGACAUACCCCACCGAGUUUGUAAAGACGACAAGCCAAUUUGGAGGCCAGCGUCAAAAACCCCUUGAAAUUGUCCGGACAACCCUUCAGACAAAGGGUAUUACCGGACUUUAUUCAGGCGCAUCUGCCCUCAUUGUUGGCAAUGCCGCAAAGGCUGGUGUACGAUUCCUAACUUAUGAUACGCUCAAAGGCAUGCUGGCAGACAAGGAUGGGAAAGUGACUGCACCGAGGAGUCUCGCGGCCGGUCUGGGUGCAGGCGUGAUGGAGUCGAUAUUCGCCGUCACUCCAUCGGAAACCAUCAAGACGAAAAUGAUCCAAGACUCGAGGCGUCCUAAUCCUCAAUACAAGGUCUCAUUCACGGCACACAUGAUGCGUCAGGGAGCAAACUCGGCUGUACGCUUCACGACAUACACGACACUUAAGCAAUUCGUUCAAGGCAAUACACGGCCCGGCCAGACAUUGCCAUCGAGUAUCACAUUCGCAAUCGGCGGCAUGGCCGGUCUCGUCACUGUCUACGCCACGAUGCCGCUAGACGUUGUAAAAACCCGCAUGCAGUCACUCGACGCGCGAACACAGUAUCGCAACUCGUUCCACUGCAUCUAUCGGACAUUCACCGAAGAAGGGAUCACUCGCUUCUGGAGAGGAACGACACCUCGACUUGUACGACUGGUCAUCUCUGGCGGUGUGACAUUUAGCGUCUACGAGAGGGUUGUCUCCCUUCUCAGGACGUAUGCAUAA